CCUCAGUCUGUGAGCAGAAGCUGUGCCGACGACAUUCACUCCGGGCGCAACAUCCAGGCGCCUCCAGUACAUGAACACCUGAAUUCCCUACGCCUGAACCCUUUGCUCGAUACGCCACGCGAUAUGCCGUUCAACGCGUUCCCGAACUGGUCUCGAAGGCUGCGGUUAUCCCGGGUGUUGCCUCUCGUCUUCAUCGCUGUGUGUCUGGGGUUCUACUUGGCAGAUGGCACAACGAAAAUAUUUAGCAGAACCAGUUACAGCACAAAAGUUCCGCUGCAGUGUGCGGCUUAUGGUAUUAAAGGAAGAGAUAUAGAGGGCAUUAAGGAGCUAAACACGACCAACAGAAUCACUAUCCUUGAUUCAGAGAGUAAAACCGAGGACACGAGUUGGCUGAAUGAGACUGAAAGGACUCCAGUCCGAGAUCAUCAACAGUUUCCUUUCAAGUACUCGCUGAAUGAGCCUGACGCGUGUGCUGGAGGCGUCGACAUCAUCAACUUUAUCUUCGUUGCUCCUGAUGAUAGACUUACACGCUUGCAUAUUCGAAACAAGUGGGGCAACGCAACGUUCUUCCCUUACACCCACAUGAAGACGAUGUAUGUGAUCGCGAGUGCGGAUUCGGAGGCAACCCAGAAGUAUCUGCAGCGAGAGAGCGACUCCUUUCACGAUAUAAUUCAGCUCGACUUCUUUGACUCCUACGAAAACCUCACGCUCAAGACACUCGCCAUCCUUCACUGGACCAAGACCUUCUGUCCGAACGCCAAGUGGGUCUUCAAGAGCGACACUGACGUCUUCGUGAACUCCUUCGCCGUGGCAAAGUACCUGCGGCAGACCGCGUCAGACUUUGUAUGCAGCGUGUGCAAACGAUGCCCUGUAUGUCGCAAGGGUAUGGACUGCCUGGAGAAGUGGUGGGUUCCGGAACAGGAUUAUGCGAAUGAAUACUACCCUCCCUAUUGCCACGGAUCUGCGUACAUUAUCCGCACAGACACUGCGAUUAAGAUCUACGAGCGGGCGAACAAGACCCAUCCCCUCGUCAUAGAAGAUGCCUAUUUCACCGGUGUUCUUGCGUACGAUAUGGAUGUUACCUAUACAGAUCUUAGCAGGAAAUUGUUCAUACGAACCACAAGCAGACUACCUCGGGAUUUUGUCCAAGGUUCUUCACUGAUGGCUUUGCACAUUGACACUUUUUCUAGACGAUCUCCUAAACUGUGGAGACUAAUCGUCGAGUAUAACACAGGUUUACACUGAGUGCUUAGUCCCAAAGGUGUUUCACGUGUUUUUUUUUACGUCUGUUCAUAAUUACAAAAGACGGUUUAUUCGAGAAAUAAAAAAAAGAAUUAUGGCAGUUUAAGAAUAUAUGAUCGAACAUAUGCACACGGAAACACGCACACACUUUUAUGAAUAUGUGUACGUGUGUGUUCAUGAGUACACGUGUGUGUAUGUGUGUGCAUAUCCGUACGGGCAUGCAUGGAUAUGAUAUAGGUAAAUGAUAGAUAAUUAUAUGCAUAAUAUUUAUCCACAUUUAUAAGUUCAUGUACUCAUAAUUUCAUCAGUAAUGCACCGUUAUUCUUGAUAAAUGGUAUGUAAAUAUUCAUAUAAAUAUGGUAUAAUAAGACUUAGGAAAUAUCAUUACUAGGUCAUCACUAAACAAAGCGUUAUUUGAGAGACAGUCAGACACACACACACACACACACACACACACACACACAGAGAGAGAGAGAGAGAGAGAGAGAGAGAGAGAGAGAGAGAGAGAGAGAGAGAGAGAGAGAGAGAGAGAGAGAGGAGAGAGAGAUGAUGAUGAUGAUGAUGAUGAUAAUGAUAAUACUUUGACUGCAUUGCUGGGUACCAACUGACUUUCAGUAGAGUGGAUAAUAAUGACAUUAAUAUUAUUUCUAAAGGUACUGCUAUAAAAAUGUGUUAUCAAUCUGUAUAGUUAAGGAAGUAAGAAAAGGCUUUUAAGCCACAUGUAAAUUUAUGAGAAAAUACACAGUAUCAUAUAC